GCACACAGUCAUCCCCUGACAGGGCAGCGGUGGCAAGGGCUCCAUCCACGAACCGCGAGCCCAAAUCUAGUGGUGUGAAUGAGGAGGAAUCGGUGUGAUGUGGAGCUGUGUGCAUGGGUACAGCGCUGCCUCAAUGAAUAAUGUAGAUGGGCAUCAGCAUGCGUCUAUAGUCUCUGCGAAAACACGGACGCUGAGAAUCAAGCUCCAGCCUUUUCUGCUCAUUUAACCGCGACUUCGAGUAUGGAAACGGGUCUGGUCGCGAAUCAUCAAGUGAAAAAUGUUGGAAGCGGAGAUCCCCCUCCUUCGCCUCAUCAUCGCACACCUCCACAGCAACAGUCGCAAGCAUUCCAUCAGCAGCCACAGCACCAGCAGCGAGCCGUCCACCACAACAACAUCAACAUCAACCCGACACCCGUGCGCGGAGGAGAUUCGGGGAAUCGACAGCAUGGAGGGAAAGAAAACGCUCUGGAGACGCAGGUCGAUCGCCAUCCGCGUUUGCUGAAUACAAGUGACGAGGAGGAUCGCUCGUCCAAAACCGGGGGGGAUCGGAUGGGCAGCAGGUACGAGCACUCCAACUUUGGACCAACGAGCAACAAUAACAACAACAACAACAGCGGCGGCGGCGGCGGCGGCGGUGGCAGCGCGUCCCAAAGCGGGAACAGCUCAGUUUCUGAGUUUAAUCAUUAUUACGGGAAUGGAAGAGGAGGGCCUUGCUUUGAUCAACAUGGCGGACAACAAAGCCCUAGGACGGCUUUAAUGCAUCAAGCACAGGGCAACAUGGAUCAAGUGCAAAACUCCCACGAAGGGUACCACAAUAAUCCAUACAACCACUAUCCCAACUACCGGCCGGGGUACGGUGGCGCUGGAUACGGUAUGAUGAGCCCGUCGCGGCAGGGGAACAUGAUGGGCCCAGGUACCAAUUCGCCUACUGCUGCUGCUGCUAGUCAUGGCAAGGCUGCUAUGGCCUCUACUACCCCAGCUCCCGGUGCCAAUGUUGGGGGCUUUCAGAGGUUCCCCGGACAAAACCAACAGCACCCUUCUGGAGCUACACCCACCCUAAACCAGCUUCUGACAUCUCCGAGUCCGAUGAUGCGCGGAUAUGGCAGCGGCUAUCAAGAUUACAGUAACCCGCCGCAGCAGCAGCAGCAGUCCGGUAUGGGUCUGGGCAAAGACAUGAGCUCCCCGUACAGCCCCGCUGCCAGUCACGGCUGGGGAGCACAACAAAGAAACCACCCGGCCAUGAGCCCUGGGAAUAACGGGAACAGCAGAGCUCAGGUGGCACCUAUGGACCCUAUGGCCAUGAAGCGUUCUCAGAUGUAUGGGAUGGGUAACAGUCCCUACUCUCAGCCAGGCGGAACUUAUCCAGGACAGCCAUACGGAUCACCCACUCCUCACCGAUACCCAAUGGGAAUGCAGGGGCGUGGCCAAGUGGGCAUGGGCGGGAUGCAGUACCCUCAGCAACAGCAGAUGCCGGCUCAGUACGGGCCACAGGGAAUGGGCGGCUACUGUCAGCAGGGGCAGCCCCCAUAUUUCAGUCCUCCACAGCAGCAGUCGGCGGCGCCCUCUCAACCCCCAUACAUGCAGCAGCGCGCUCCUACACAACAGGAGACUCUGCAGGAGGGAUAUGGUAGCAGGGGCCAGUCUGGGAAACCAAACCACGAUGACAUGGGUCUUACUCAGCAGGACCGCCCGUCCAGCCUCCCGGAUCUGUCUGGCUCUAUAGACGACCUCCCCACCGGAACAGAGGCGGGUCUCAGUUCGGCCGUCAGCGCUUCGGGUUCUACCAGUAGCCAGGGCGAGCAGAGUAACCCCGCUCAGUCUCCCUUCUCACCCCACGCCUCGCCCAGAGUCCCCAGCAUGCGCAGCGGGCCCUCGCCCUCGCCGGUUGGAUCACCUGUGGGUUCCAGCCAAUCACGAUCUGGGCCCAUAUCACCUGCCAGUGGGCCAGGUACACAGAUGGCCCCUCAGACCCCAGGGAACGUUCCAGACGUGGGCUCCCAUUCCACUCACAGUCAGUCGCCCAUGUCUCAGGAGAGAGGUUUUGCACCUAACAUGCAGCGCAAUGCACCUGGUCCCCAAUUUGGAGGCCAGCAGCCUGGACCUUCUAUGUCUCCACACUCCUGUCCCACUGGCCCUAUACACCAUAAUGUGGGCUCGUAUCAGCUGGGCCCCUCUUAUGGGCCCCAGAGUGGCCAGUAUGGCCCUUCAGGUAACUACCCACGCCCUCCGAACUAUGGCGGAGCACCUGGUGCCAACUACAGUGGCCCUGGCCCAGGCAUGGGCAACAGUCUUGGCAUGAAUGCCAGCAGUCCAAUGCACGGGCAGGGCCCAGGGCAACCCUGUGGCUCUUUGACCACGGCUCGAGGACCAGGGCAUGCAGCCGGUGGCCGGCCAUACCCAGCAGGCUCCAGUAAUGUGGCUCCAACCUCUCCCAACAUGCCUCAGUCUGCUGGCCCAGGAAUGGGUCCACCUCCUCCCAAUGUCAGUCGCAAACCCCUCGAGAGUGGCCCUGCAUCUGCUCAGCAGAACCCAGUCCCCUCUGGACAGCCAAGGCCUUCCUUUGGCAGGUCCCCUGUAUACCCCGGCCUGUCCGGGCCUGGGGGACGGCCAGCCUCCUUCCCUAUCCCACACCCCCAUCACCCUCACUACAGUUCUGGGCAAGGCCAGGGGCAGCCACACGCCGAGCUGUAUGGGCCAAGCGGGUUUCAGGGUGCGUCCCACAUUCUUGGGUUGGGUCCUGGGGGCCCCUACAACCAUCCACCGAGCAACAGCUCAGCCAGGAUGACCCCUCAAGGACCGUCCUACAACACAGUGCCCACAGGGCCCAUGGCAGGCUCAGGGGACAGCAUGAUGCCCACAGAUCCCAAACAGAGAGCUGAGCACAAGGAGGAGGGCAGCACACCCACCACAGAGCCUCCUAAGCCAAAGGACAACUACGGUUCUCAGUGUGUGUCCCAGCCUCCCACCCCGUCCCCUCUGUCCCCCAGCCCAGCUAGUCUGUCGUCUUAUCAGGGGGACGACAGCGAUAGCAUUAGCAGCCCUGCCUGGCCAAAGAACCCCAGCAGCCCCAAGCACAGCUCGGGGAACAUGACAAACGAGAAGAUAACACGACUGUACGACAUGGGCUGUGAGCCGGAGAGGAGGGCAUGGGUGGAUCGCUACAUCGCCUUCAUGGAGGAGAGGGGCACGCCUGUCCCCAACCUGCCUUCAGUGGGCAAGAAGCCGCUGGAUCUGUGCCGCCUCUACCUCUGCGUUCGAGAAAUCGGAGGCUUGGCUAUGGUAAAUAAGAACAAGAAAUGGAGAGAGCUCUCCACCCAUCUGAAUGUGGGGACGUCCAGCAGCUCUGCCAGUUCCCUCAAGAAGCAGUACAUCCAGUACCUGUUUGCCUACGAGUGCAAAGUGGAGCGUGGAGAGGAACCCCCACCUGAUGCGUUCACUAUGGGAGAGAGCAAGAAGCAGCCACAGCAGGCCAAGAUCCAGCCACCCUCACCUGCAAACUCAGGCUCUCUUCAAGGGCCGCAGACUCCUCAGUCUACAGGCAGCAGCACUAUGACCGAGAUGCCUGGGGACCUAAAGCCGCCAACACCAGCUACCACACCCCACGGACAAGUGACCCCUCAGCCAACUGGCAGAAACAGUGGUGUUAGUGUGCAAGAUCCAUUCUCUGAAAGCAGUGACCCAGCCUUCCAAAAGCGAGGCCCCAUGCAUGGAGGAGGCAGUGGAGAUGCCACAUCUAGAAUGCAGUUUGACACCAGUAAGGAUCCCUAUGGAGCUGCUAGAAAAGGUGGCUCUGAGCCCUUCAUGCCAGGGCAGAUGCCAGGCAGUGGCAUGCAGGAAAUGUAUCCUCGUGGACCGCCCUCAGGCAUGGGUAUAGGCCCACGACCCCAGUACUCCUACAAUCCUGGGUUUGAGAGGAGGCCAGACCAUGUCAUGGGUCCAGAGGGGGGAAUUGCCCCUCCUGGGAAUCAGAACAACAUGGUGCCUUCCAACAGUGAUCCCAGCAUGUUCUCAGGCAGUAGAUACGCCUCUCAUCAGAGACAUGGACAUGACGGCUAUGGGCAGCAGUACCCUCACAGCAUGCCAUAUGGUGCACAUGGGAUGUAUCCCCAACAGCAGGGUUAUAAGCGGCCUGGAGAAGGGAUGUAUGGUCCUCCUGCUAAGCGCCAUGAGAGUGAAGCCUAUGGUAUGCAGUACGGUGGCCAGCAGCCUGACAUGUACAGCCAAUAUGGUUACCCAGAGCGUAGGCCCAUGCAAAGCCCGUUUCCCUAUCCAUAUGGACGUGAUCGCAUGCAGCCAGGUGGGCAGGGACCUCCUCAGCACAGCAUGAUGAGUGGUGGACCACCCCCAUCCUCCAACUCCAGCGGUGGGCCUCAGGGGAACAUGUGGCACACCAGGCACGACAUGAGUUACCCUUACCCCGGCCGCCAGGGUCACGGGGCCCCCUUCCCCUCCAUGAGCCGUGGAGAUGAUCCAGAAGUCAGGGCCAGUCAGGACAGUCAGUGGCCUGGUCAGCGUCAAUCCCCCUACCCACCACACUCAUCGUCCUCUUCCAGCUCCAUGCCUGCCAUGGCUAGCCGGCAACCACCUUCUUCCUAUCAAUCUCCUCCAGCGAUGCCAAACCAUAUCUCUCGAGUCCCAAGCCCUGCGCCAUUCCCUCGGUCUGUGGGUGGCUCUAUGUCACCCAAUAAGGCUCAUAUGAUGGCCUCUAUGAAGCAGAUGCAAAAGCCGGGUGGUCCCGGGUCCAUGCCAUGCUCUCAAAGCGGUGGUCUUCCUGGGCAAGGCUUCCCAGCAAUACAUCGGGAGGUCACUUACCCAUUGGACUCGGUGGAAGCCACGCAGCCUCAUCUUAAACCCCGCCGAAGGUUAACAUCCAAAGAAAUUGGCACACCAGAGGCUUGGCGUGUGAUGAUGUCCCUGAAGUCUGGUUUGCUUGCUGAGAGCACAUGGGCCCUGGAUACUAUAAACAUCUUGCUGUAUGAUGAUAACACAGUGUCUUCCUUUGGCCUAUCUCAGUUGCCCGGUUUCUUGGAGCUCAUUGUUGAAUAUUUCAGAAGGUGCUUAAUAGAGAUCUUCGGGAUCCUUGAGGAAUAUGAAGUCGGAACAGAAGGCCAGAAAACCCUUCUUGGUCCAUGUCCGGAACCCACAGAAAAAGAGCAACCUUCCAAUCAAGACCUAAAAAGCCAAUCCAAUACAGAACAGGUGGAGCGAUUAGAUGCAGAGCCUGAGAAACCUCAGCCCAGCAGCUCAGCAGCAGCGCUUAACAUGGAGAAAAGGGAAGACUCCGCAGAAGCCAAGGACAUUGGUAAAGAACUAUGUCCUCCAGUGGAGCCCAGACCCAAGCAAGCCAGCAAGUAUGACAAACUCCCAGUGAAAGUUGAGGAAAGAGAGGCUGUGGCUGAUUGUGUGGAGGAUCGUUCAGAGCUGCUAGGCUUGGCUGGGGAGUUCACCAGCGGGCUUCUGCAUUGGAAGGCGGGCGGAGGGGACUCCACUGCCCACAUCCAGACCCAUUUCGAGAGACAUAGAGAAGAAAAAGCAGAAGAAGAAGAAGAACAGAAGCCCUUAGAGAAUCAGGAAGGUGCACAGGCACCUGGAAAAGAAACGGUUGAAGAGGAGCAUGGGAGGGAAGAGGAACUGAAAAGAGAACUUCCAGGGCCCUCAGAGGAAAACUUGACAGCCACUGUAGAUGAUGUGCUAAGUUCUCGUCCAGGGUGCCUAUCAGAAGGUGAAACCCAGACAUUUCCCUUCCGAAACAGAGAGAACAAGAGCAGCAUUACUUUGCUGGAAGAUGAGCCCCGGUGCUGGGAUGAAGCGCCUCUUUCGGUAGCCGACGGCUGGCAAGAUGAGUUGGCUAAGCGCUGCAUCUGUGUGUCCAAUAUCAUUCGUGGACUGUCCUUCGUCCCGGGCAAUGACAGCGAAAUGGCUAGGCAUCCCGGUUUAGUGCUCAUUCUCGGAAAGCUAGUGCUUCUGCACCACGAGCACCCUAAGAGGAAAAGGAUGCCCCCUACCUACCAGCGAGAGGAAGAGCGAGGUCUGGCUUGCAGCAAGGACGAAUGGUGGUGGGACUGCCUGGGAGCCUUGCGUGAGAACACCUUGGUCACCCUUGCCAACAUUUCAGGACAACUAGACCUGUCUAUCUACCCGGAAAGUAUCUGCCUUCCAAUUCUGGACGGGCUGCUCCACUGGAUGGUGUGCCCUUCGGCGGAGGCCCAGGACCCCUUUUGCACAGCAAACGGCUUCUCCUCGCUCACGCCGCAGAGGCUGGUGCUGGAGUGCCUGUGCAAACUGAGCAUCCAAGACUCUAACGUUGACCUUCUGCUAGCCACACCCCCUUUUAGCAGACAGGAGCGCCUCUUUGCCACGUUAGUGCGGCACGUCGGCGAGCGAAAGAGUCAGGUGUGCCGCGAGAUGGCCGUAGCCGUUCUCUCCAAUCUUGCACAGGGUGACCCGACGGCCGCCCGAGCCGUCGCCCUGCAAAAGGGCAGCGUGGGAGCCUUGAUAAGCUUCCUAGAGGACAGUGUUGCCAUGGCACAGUAUCAGCAGAGCCCUCACAGUCUCUUGCACAUGGGACACUCCACCCAUCCCGAGCCGCCCAGCAUCAACAUGAUGUGCCGGGCCGCCAAAGCCCUGCUGGCCAUGGCCCAAGUGGAGGAGAACAGGCCCGAGUUUGUGCUCUACGAGAGCAGGCUUCUUGAUAUCUCGCUGUCCUCCGUGCUGAACUCUGGCGUGGCGGGUAUCCUGUGUGAGGUACUGUUUAAGCUCGGCCGCUCGUGACAGGCACAAAGGAGCGGGAGCUUGGAGUGCCAUCAUGGGAACGUGCGGCUGAGCUGAGCCACAGAGAUCACACAGAACUGUCGGUGUUAUAUUUUUAUUUAAGGAAAAGAACACAAACAAAAAUCGUUUUUACAUACAAAUGAAUAUAUAGAGAAUAUAUAUAGCUCCUCUGCCCCAUUUCCCAGUUUUCAUUUUGGAUUUUUAAAUGAUUUUAAUACAGAUAUUUAAUACUUGGUCUUUUCGUUUUCGUUUUCUAUUCUUUUUUUUAUUUGUUCCGUUUUGUUUCAUCUGUGUAUUCUCUUUCAUUUGUUUUAACCAAAGUUGGCAUCUGAUACCGUUAGUUUUUAGAGUAUUUUGCUCUCAGAAUGUUUUUAAUUGUUUUGAUGCAGUGUUUCGUUUGUUUUCUUGUGGGACUUUGUUUAUUCGGGGAAUGCAGAUUUAUUUAAAUUGUGAGACAUGUUGUAGAUAGAAUUUCUCUUGCAAUGUGUUGCGAUAAAAGAACAAAAAAAACUAAAAAAAAAAAAAACAAAAAAAAAACUGAUUUUAAGACAUACAUGUAUACAGCUCUGAAAAAAGCAUUGUGCAAUAGAUUUAGCUGGCUCAGAGGGAAGAUAAUGAAAUGUGAAUGACCACAGGCAAUGUUCUGAUCUGACCACCAGUAUUGCACUGUUUCACCACACCAGUAUCGGAGGGUCAAGCGAGUGUUGGUUCUAAACUGACUUGCUUCCAUAUUAGUGCAGCCACAGAGGCUGAAACUCAAAGUGCUUCGGUUACCCCUCUAUAUCCACGGGUCGAUUUGUAUAUAGGAACUGUACAUUAAUGGGGCCCCUUUUCACAUUUUUUUUUUUU